ACUGGCUCGCGGCGCAGACGACAUUUCAUUUGACGACUGACGGUUAACGAGGACUGUUACAUCUGUCGACAAUGAAGACUAUUACACGUCUGCUGUGGGCAGCCUCAACAUCGGCCUUUGUCGGCGCAAUGGCGACGAAGCGUUUUCAAUGCCCUAAGGAUGAGUUCUGGGACCUCGGAACCGACAGAUGCGAACCCUGCAGCAGCAUUUGUGAGAACGCCGUUCAGACGGGCUUCGGCGACUUCUGUCGUGAGAUGUGUCCUGCAUAUGCAAAUGCCAUUUGGGAUAUAACUGGUGGAAAAAGCACACCAGCAGUUGAGAAUAAUGACAACAGUGGACUUUCACCAGAGAUCAUCGCCGCCAUUGCUGUUGGGAUAUCAGCAUUUGUUGCACUGGCUGUGAUUGUUCUUAUUAUUGUCAAAAGAAAACGUGACUAUAGAGAUCGCAUUCCUGUACCUGUGGUGGAACAGGUCGAUCAGCACCGCAUCCAGCAGGAAACACCAGAUGGAUUCCGGGGCACGAGUGACUUUGUGCUCAAUACCACAGAUUGCACUGAGGUCAAGAUUUCUUUGGGCAGUUCUCAGCCUGAAGCCAGUGAAAUGCCAGUGAGAUGCAUCUGAACCAUCACCAAGUUAAGGGGAAGUAACUUGUAUCCACUUCCCUUCAUGAGGAUACUGAAACAGCUAUUAAUGUUGUAUAUUUGAGAUUUAAGAUGUUUGUAUCAUCGUAACGGUUUUUUUUUUUGUUUUUUUUUGAGUACCUGUAAAACUUUUUAUUUCAUAUGAUGUUUGUAGCAACUUUAGUAGCAUACUGGUGUACAGAAUAAUUGACAUUUCACGUCUUGGCAGUCUAUUUGUCUACCAACAUGUGCUUCACUUGGACAUGGAUAAAAUGCAUGUGUAUAUGCACACUGGGAUGUACGCAUAUCUUUACAGGGGGUUUCCUGUUAGUUUGCGUGAGCUGUGGCAGUAGUUUUGUUUGCCGCUGAUGCAGUCGUUCCAUGUAAGUGAACAUCAUAUAAGUCUUCUUAAAAUGAUUUCACCUCUGCUGGAUUGAAAUUAGACACCAGCAUUAUUUGGCUGCUCUUUCACCAGUGCCUUGCUUGUUUUGUUUAAGUAAAACAUUGAUGAAAGAAUGGCAAAAUACUACAAGUGUCUUUUGUAAUCCAGCAUAGGUAUAAUCCUUUUUGAGAACACUUUCAUGAUGUUCGCUUGCAUAGAACGACUGUACCAGCGGCAAAUAAAACUGCUGCCACAGCUGAUCUAACCAUGAGAAUGGUGAAGAUCGCCCGACAAAUGUCUCUUAGAAUUAAGGACAUGGUGUUGUGUUAUACUAUGUUUCUUCCAGUCUAUGAAGCUGCUCUUGAGUAUGCUAAAUAACAACUGUUUCAUUUCGCUCUAUUUAGACCAAAAUUAAUUGAUAAAAAUGUGGAUUUUUGCCUGUAUGCAAGGGCUAAAAAAAAAUAGUAACCUACAAAGUCAGCACCACAGCAGAGUUAGUGAGAAAAAUUUAAGUACGAGUCAUCAGUACAGUAAUCAAAAUAGGACGGUGCAAGUUUUGCAACAAAAUUAUAGAUAACAAGUAUUUUUUUUUUUAAAAUUAACUUUCUGCUAAAAAGACAAGGCUAACACUUGUAAUCUAAGACACCUGGAAAACUCCUGUCAAGUCAGUCUUACAUAGUUGUCCAAUUUUUCAAACAAGAUAUAAUGACCGUUUUUUACCUUCCUUGCUCUUGAUAUGGAUCGACCAGGUAAUGUCACCUUUAGAAUUUUUAAAAAGUAAUGAUUGGAGCAUGCCAGCAACCACGCAACAUUUAGACAGUGUUACAGUCAUGCAGAUGAUACUUGAUUAUCUUUUUUUUUAAAAACUAAUUUCAGUUUCAAUUGAAGGGGUAAAAUCAAUCCUGAUGAAGCAUGAUUGAUUGCAAGGGGAUGCUUUAAUGGUGUGGUCUAACUCAUCUUCCUGUGUCAAGUGAUGUACAUAAUAUCAUUAUUGUCAGCUGUUCUUAGAGUGGCAAGCAGAGGGCAUGUAAAUUCAAACAUAUUUCAGCACUAUUUCAAAUACUUCAAAACUGUUCUUAGAUGGCUCUGUGCUGCAUUGACUUGGGGAAUCCCACCUAACCAUCAUAGCAAUCAUUGUACUUAUAGUUAUCUUUUCUGUUACAUCUGUUGUUGUUUGUUUAUCUUAGUGCUUUAUAGCAGCUGUUUAUCCCAUUUGUAAAUAAACUUGAUUUUACCAUCCAGUCCUUCAAACAACAAAAUUAUGUGUUAAAACUUUCUCAGUCUUUAUUGUAGAUAUAUCAGUCUGGUUGAGGGCAAAAAACAUCAAUGCUGAUAGAAUUUUUUUCCCAGAGAGAAUUGUAUAAAAUAUAAAGUACUAUGUGUGGCUUGCUUUCAUGUAUUCUUUUACAUUAAUAAAGUAUAUUGAAUGUCU